ACUCAUUAACUCCAGCAGACUUUACUCCCUCCCGUUUGUAAUAGAGCCACCAGCUGAUUAACUCUGGUUAAAGCUUAUUUACAAAAAGCCUGCAGGUAUAGUCUGGUACCCGACGUGUUAAAAUGAGCGACACUUCAGGAGACGAUAAUGAGAUAUCCUUUCCAGUAAAGUUUCUUGGCCGAGUUGAGGUGGUCCGGCCUGACGGACUACAGGUCCUGGAGGAAGCAGCUCAAAGUCUAAAGACACCAGACAAAUACUCCCCGGAAAAGGCAGCGAAGAAGAGCAAGAUCCAUCUCUUCCUGUCACUGAGUGGGGUGGACAUUUUGGAAAAUAAAACCAAGUUUUUGUUGUACGCGUGCCCUCUCUCCACUAUCUCCUUCUGCGCGGUGUUGCCAUCUUCACCCAAAGUCUUUGGCUUUGUGGCCAAGCACCCUGCAGCAGACAUGAACCACUGUUAUCUGUUCCAAAGCCAGAAGUUUUCCCACGUGCUGGUCUCACUCAUUGGGGAUGCUUUCCGAGCUUCAAAAAAGGAAGAGAGUGUAAGGGGAGGACGAGACCUGAUAGUGGAGGCACUUAGACAUAAGAAUAAAAUGCUGCAGAGAGAGAAUGCUGAGAUGAAGAGGAGACUUGCAGCACAGAUUAACUGACCAAUGAUACUUUUGCAUGCUGUUAAGCUAACAAAAACUAAAUUUCACAACAACUCAGAAUAAUAUAUGUGAUCAUGACGUUGUAUUAUUACCCUUUUUCCGAAGUAUAGUGAACUACCCAUAUUUAAUGUUGAAGCUCUGCAUCCACAACAGUAGGGGGCAGCAGUAAUCUUCACAUCUGUCAAUCUCAUGCCAUCCAAGAACUGGGUGUUGCGUUAAAAUGCUGUCUUCAGUGUUGGGGAUGUUGAGGGCAAUUGUUGUACUUUCAUGAAGAGUUAAACAGUCUUAAAAAACCACACAGGAAGACAUUUGUUAUGGCGGACAAAUUGGUGUUUGAGUUGCCCAACUUUCAAAAGCCGACUCGUAAGAACUGGAAAUGUGGUUAAUUUCAGCGACUAAUGGUAGAAUAUCUUUGUGCGAUUAAGCAACAGUUGGAUAAUAAAUAGAACGUGCAUACCUUU